AUGGCCGCCCCAUGCCCUCCCGACGACGCGAUGAGCGGGCGGCUCAUGUGCGCGGCAUCGGCGCUGUACUCGAACCGGGCGGACUACCUGAAGCCAGUGCUCGAGCAGGGCAGCGUGCUGAUCUGGCUCGGCCUCUGCACCGUCGCCGUCCACUGGAUCGUCAAGAAGGUCACGCCGCCCGAAAACGACUCGGAGAGCUGGAACGGCUUCGUGCAAUCGACGUACGGCGACGAGCGCGACGAGAUGGGGAAGACGUGA